AUGAAACUAUUUGAAAACAGUUGUGAUUUUGACUAUUCCUGGGCACAUGUAACCGCUGCCAACUGGAAGAAAUAUCCAAAUGAAGUCUCUACUCAUGUUAUUGCUGUAGACGUGUUGAAAAGAGAAGUUGAGAGAAAUGGACAAGUUCUGAUUACAGAGAGACUGAUUACUUGCAAGCAGAAUGUCCCACAAUGGAUAAUGAUGUUGCUGGGCGGCUCGAAUAUAAGUUAUGUUAGAGAAGUCUCUACGGUGGAUCUAAGUCAGAAAAGUUUGGUUAUGCGUAGUUGUAAUCUGACCUAUUCGAAUUUAUUGAAAGUUUACGAAACUGUAACGUAUACACCACAUCCAGAGGAUCCUGUAAAUAGGACACUGUUUUCACAAGAAGCUCAAAUCACUGCAUAUGGAGCCAUUACCAGGCUUUGUAAUAAGAUGGAAGAUUGGUCUGUCCAGAGAUUUCGCGAUAAUGCGAACAAGGGUAAGAUUGGAUUCGAUAACGUUCUGAAGAAAUUCGAAGCCCAUUGGCAACAAAAGGAGAAGUUGGUGGAUGAAAUCAGUAGUUCAAUCAUUUCAAAAGUUAACGAAACUGUAGAGGAUAUAAAAUUACAAACAGAAGGAUUGAUUAUAGAAACAGAAAGACAAAAUAAACUGUUAUACAAUACACAUCAAGAACUGUUAUCAUCGAAGGAUGAUUUAGUUAUCUACAACGAUGACAACAAAAGUGUAAACCAGGAACAGUUUAUGCAAACUAAAACACACACAUAG